AAAUAUAUACACACACUAUAGAGUCUAUAGCACAUUACGCCCAUCUCUCUCGGUCUUUCCCCGUCUACCAUGGCGGGUCUCGGCGCUUCUCUCAGGCCUCAACCACCGUCUUCCGCCUCCGCCGCCGCCUCCUUCGCCGCUAAGUUACUUCUCCUCCUCACUCUGCUUCCCCUCUCGCUUGCGCUCUUCGCUUUCGUCCUCCAAUGGCGCGGAGGGGGAGUCGACGAUCCAAUCUCGCGGUGGUCCCCGGAGGAGUCGCGGAAGUUUCCGGGAAUGGAUACAUCGCCUCUGGCCACUAUGGGACACUCCUCUCAGUCCUCGGAUUGUUCCUUGCUUGGGCGUCGAAAUUCGGCGACUUUUCCUUACUACAGGGACUGGAAGUUCAAUUUUGAAUCAGAUCUCAAGCCGAAGAUAUGUAUUACGACAAGUACAUCGGGCAGCUUAGACCAAAUUCUUCCAUGGAUGUACUAUCAUAAAGUUAUUGGUGUGUCGACAUUUUUACUUUUUGUGGAAGGAAAGGCAGCAUCCCCAGAAGUAGCGAAAGUCCUUGAGUCCAUUCCUGGAGUAAAAGUAAUAUACAGAACCAAAGAGCUAGAGGAGCAACAGUCUAAGAGCCGGAUCUGGAAUGAAACGUGGUUAUCAAGUUUCUUUUACAAACCUUGCAAUUAUGAGCUUUUUGUGAAGCAAUCGCUUAACAUGGAGAUGGCUAUUGUGAUGGCAAGGGAAGCUGGUGUUGAGUGGAUAAUUCAUCUAGAUACAGAUGAGUUACUACACCCAGCUGGUGCUCGUGAAUACUCUUUGAGACAGCUACUACAAGAUGUGCCAUCGAAUGUGGAUAUGGUUGUAUUUCCAAAUUAUGAGAGCAGUGUUGAACGAGAUGAUAUUAAGGAUCCUUUUACAGAGGUUUCAAUGUUCAAGAAGAAUUAUGACCAUCUAACAAAGGAUGCAUAUUUUGGAAUGUACAAAGAAGCAACUCGUGGCAAUCCAAACUACUUUUUGACUUAUGGUAAUGGGAAAUCAGCUGCUCGUAUACAAGAGCAUCUUCGUCCCAAUGGAGCACACAGGUGGCACAAUUACAUGAAAUCUCCAAAUGAGAUUAAAUUGGAAGAGGCUGCUGUUCUCCAUUAUACAUAUUCGAAGUUCUCAGAUGUGACCUCUAGACGAGACCGAUGUGGUUGCAAGCCUACAAAGGAUGACGUUAAGCGCUGCUUCAUGUUGGAAUUCGAUAGAUCUGCAUUCAUUAUUGCUUCAACUGCAACAGAGGAGGAGAUGCUGAACUGGUACCGUGAACAUGUUGUCUGGACAGAUAAAACGCUUAACUUGAAACUAUUGAGGAAGGGCAUUUUGACUAGGAUUUAUGCUCCCAUGGUGAUCAUCCAAGGACUGAAAGAGUCUGGUGUAUUCGGCACUAUCAUUGCAUCUGCUCAGAAAAGUCUCUCGAAGGACAAGUUUCUAGCGUCCAUUGAGAAGGGUAACUCAUCAAGAGCCGUCGCCUCUCAGUCACUUCCAUCGAGAAAGAUUGGCCGGAGCCAAGAUUCUCAGGUGACAGCGAGGAAAACGUUACAGACGGCUCCCUUCGAAUCUCAUGAGCCAGCUGUCCCCCCAUUGUCUCCCCCAGGCAUGGAUAGCGAAACUGUGAUUGAAGCAUAAUAUGUUCUCCGUGCAUGGCUGCUGCUGCUUACUUCUCGUGUUGUAGUGGAAAAGAGCGGGAUUUAAGCUUUUAGCAGUUCCAUGGAUGGCGUUCAUACUUGCUCGAUCUAUACCUAUUCCCGAUCAUUUACCCAAGCGGAGAUGUACAUGUGUUGGAGAGAUGGAAGAGAAGGGAGACAGACGAAUGACGGCGCCAAUACAUCAGAUCCUCAUCAUUGUGUAUAGAAAAAACCAUUUAACCAGUGUGGUCCAUUCUGUGACAAUAUUUUUUGAGGGAUUUGUAUUUGGUGUAUCAUAUUUGGCUUCUCAUUUGAGCUCUAAAUGAAGUUGAGUAGUUAAUGGCUUUGUAACUUUUUUUAAAUGCAGUUAUAGUAUACAUUCUUCAGUAUUACCUCAAA